UUUAGAACGGUGAUAAGUACAGUUAAGCUAGUCGAAGUAACACUUGAUUGUUUAUAGUUUUAAAAAUAUGAAACUGGGGAAGAGUUUUGUAACACUUUCUUUAUUUUGUGUGCUAUUGCCAUGGCUUGGAUGCUCUUGCCUGUUUAAUCCGGGACUAAGGAAGGUACAAGAUGAUCCUGAAAUUCAUAUGAACACGACCCAGCUAAUAACAAGCAAAGGUUACCCAUGCGAAGACCAUGAUGUGCACACAGACGAUGGUUAUAUUUUAUCUGUACAAAGAAUUCCAUAUGGAAAAUAUCAAAACAAGUCUACUUCAGGGAAGCGCGUAGUGUUAUUAAUGCACGGACUACUUUCUUGCUCGGCAUGCUGGGUGGAGAAUUUAGUCAAUGAGAGUCUUGGAUUCAUGAUGGCUGACGCUGGCUUUGACGUCUGGCUCGGUAACAGCCGGGGGAAUACAUACGGUAGGCGGCACGAGAAGCUUGAUCCAAAUCAAAAAGAAUUCUGGCAGUUUAGCUGGGAUGAAAUUGCAAAAUACGAUCUUCCGGCAACCGUGAACAAAAUGAUUGCAAUAACAGGUGUUCAACAGGUAUACUUUGUAGGACAUUCACAAGGUGGGGGCGUGGGUUAUGCACAGUUGGCACAAGAUCCGGAGUUCGCAAAGAAAAUCAAGAUGUUUGCACCACUAGCACCGGCUGUCUACCUAGAUGCCUUAACUGGUCCACUAAAACUGCUGGCGCCUUUCUCACAGGACCUUGAUUUCAUAGCAACACUUUUUGGGGACGGUGAAAUUCUGCCAAACGAUAAAAUUUUCCAAUGGCUGGCUAAAGAUAUUUGUACAAAGGAAAUCCCUGCAUUUCUUUGCAAGAAUUUUCUUUUUGUCCUUUGUGGAUUUGAUGAACAGCAAAUUAACCAGACGCGUGUUCCUGUGUAUAUUGGACAACAUCCAGCCGGAACUUCCGUCCAAAACAUCAAUCAUUUUGCACAAAUGGUCAAAACAGGAAAGUUCCAGAAGUAUGAUUAUGGGGCCAAAGAUAAUAUGCUGAAAUAUAACCAGACAACACCACCCGAAUAUGACCCAAGCAAAUUCACCGUUCCUGUCGCAAUGUUUUCUGGAACUCAUGAUUGGUUGGUUGCACCAAGUGACGUCACAAAACUUCUUAACGUCACCAGAAAUGUAGUGAAUAGCAAAGUAAUAAGCGCCUGGGAACAUCUUGACUUUAUCUGGGCUAUGGACGCUCCGAAGCUUUGCUAUAAUGAUAUCAUAAAGCUGUUUAAAAAUAACUGAAUACAAUUGACUUUUUUUUCGUGGUUCUCUCUACUUGAACCAGUUAAUACAUUAAAAACGUUAGAAAGUUUUUGAGAAUUAUUGUCCGAGAUGAAAGGAAAAGUUGGCCAGGUGAUAGUGAAGUCUAAAUAAAAUGAUGCAUGUAUAUAUUGA